AGUAAAAAUUCCAAAAUUUUGGAUAGUGAACUGUUAGUGUGAAAUCUAUAAUCUACAUAUAUUAAGCAAUUACAACGACAGGUAUGCUUUUAGAUAAUUAUGUUUAAUUGUACAUUGUGUUUAAAUCCAUUAAGAGGAAACAGGCCGGGGAUUUCUUGCGAUGGCUGCAAAAAAGAAUACCAUGCUUUUUGUAUUACAAAAACUGCCAAUAUCAUUAAUCUGCAUAAUACUAUACCAGGGCUAUCCAGGAAGUGCUCUGAUUGUAUUAAAAAUUGUGUUUUACUUGACCCGACCGGUGUGCAGAAAAUAGUUGAAACUAAAUUAGAUGAUGCUUUGAAAUCCUUGAAAAACCAGAUCAUGUCGAUAAAAUUAAAGGUUGAUAAAAUUGCUGAAUCUGAACCACCCGCUGUUCAACCUAAAUACUCUGAUGUGCAGAAAGACAAAUCACAACCUGGUAUUUUGAUUCGUCCCAACAAUAGCGAACAAGAACAUAAUCAAACCAAGGCUGAUAUCUUAAAUUCAACUGAUCCACGUCAGGAAAAUUUACAG